AUGCUCAGCCUUGCCAAGACCGUCGUGAAGCGCUCGACGCGCUCGUUCUCGACGCUCGAGAAGGACCUCCCCAACAUCAUCGAGCAGGCCGUCGGUCGCCAGGGCGCCGAGCUCAAGCUCGCGGAGGAGGGCAUCGAGCUCUUCUCGCGCGACCCGAUCUUCACGGAAGAGUCGCAGGGCAACUCGAAGGAGAACCCGAUCCUCGUGCCCUCGUUCAACUCGCACCGCGCGAUCGGCAUCUCUCACAACGACUCCCCGUACAUUAAGUGGUUCAACCUCCACGAAGGCAAGGUGUUCUACGUCCCGGACUACGACAAGUACUUCAAGCUCGACAACCGCAACCCGAACAAGGGCGCCGCGCACCACCAUUAG